AUUGAUAAAUGUGAAAUUUGUCAGGAGGACAAAGUCAAGAAAGGCUACGGCAAAGGAGCAAGAACAAGAGAACUACUUACACUAAACAUUAGUGAAUUUGGUACUGCCACUUUGAUAAAAGCAGCCCGGAUUUGGAAUGGCAGCUGCAUGCUAUUGCACAUUGAUGGACGAGACACUAUAGCUAUGGAGAUCAAGUAUCAUCGAUCAUGCUACAAAAAUUAUGUCCACCUAGAGCAACUGGCUAAGUUAGAAGAGCAAAAUUGCCAAGAACAAGAUGCUGGAACUGAGGGUUAUGACAGAGCAUUUGGUAAAGUCAAAGAAUUUGUUGAAAAAGAAGUCAUGGCUGCGGCAAAAGCCAUUCCGAUGUCAAUCCUUAUUGAAAAGUACACUUCCUUCCAUACACAAGAAGGA